AUGUAUGGUGAUGACCCUAUAGUAAUAACCAAUCUUAAAAGUGAACUGGACUAUGUAAAGAAUCUUAUGGAGAGACGUGAAACAGAAGAAACAACUUUCACCGAAGGAAAUGAUGGUACAGUGAACAUUUCGGGUCCAUCAGGAAGCACAACCAUCUCAGGAGUCGACUUCGUGGAAGACCCAAACAAUGUACUUCCAGAUGUGCUAGAUGCAUUCAACGAAUCAUUUGAAACUAACUGGGAUGAAAUAGAAGCCCGCCUAGAGAAGCUAAAUAAGAUUUCAACAGCAAAUAAAAAGAGAGAUUUCGAAAACCAAGUGAAGCGUGUCCAAGCUGUAACAAGAGUUAUCAAGGGUAAGGAGGGACUGAUACUAGACCCUAAGAAUAGAUACGUCAGGGAACUCAUCAAAAGAUCAUCUGUAAGAACACUCAAAGAUGGCACAGAGGUGUUCGUAUUUAGAAGUGAACAAGGUAUUGACAAAAGUGGGACACAAAUAAUGAAACGUGGUAAGACCAGCAAACCUGUGUACUCCAAGAACUCCAUUGCAUUGAGAGAAUACAAGGACCUUAUAAAGAAAAUCAAGCAGACCCCUAUGGAUCCUGACGCUAGAAUUACAAGUGAAGAAUCAAUUUACGAGGAUACCAGAGAAGAGCCACAAUUUGAUACCAGUGAUGAGGAAUUCGCUGACCGUGAGAACAUUGAGUUAAUAGACAUAGGUGCAAAACUAGGAGAUCUUCCAGGGCUAACAAUGCAGGAAAACAAUGAACUGAGAGGAGUACUUAACCCACCUGAGGGAUCAAGCAUAGAAGGCAGAACAGGUCCCAAUGGAGCGUUACAAAUUCAGGCUGACUACUUUAAUGAAGCUAUUGGUGAAACUGUGGAACGCGCUACAUCUGUGGUAGGUACAACGGAGUACAAUGCUCUCCAGGAGAGAAUUGACAGUUUGAAGGAAGCUAGGGAUAGAACACUAGAGCAGAGAAUAGUAGAGGAGGCAAGAGAGGCACAGUUGAGAGAUAUUUCUAGAUUACGCAGAUUUAUAGACUGGGUAGGAAAGGAAAAAGUGGGUUUAGCUGGGAUAGCAAUAUCAACAGCAGGUCUACUAACAACUAUUCUUAUUCAUGUCCGGGAAGCCAUUGUGAAGACAGCAAGAGCCACCGGUAAAGUAUCAAAAGCAUUAGCAAAUUUAGCAAAGAAAGCAGGGCCAAUUCUAGUUCCAAUCCUGAACGCAGUUGCAACAGCGCUAUCAUGGGGUGCCAAAGGAGUUGCAUGGUUAUAG